AUGGCGGGCAUGCAGGGAUCCUCACUCCGCAAUGCGGUCCAGCGGUGCAACCACAAGGAGCGUUCGCAGCCCGUAGGGCGUGCCAAGCUCGGCCUGCUCGAAAAGCACAAGGACUACGUGCUCCGCGCCAAGGACCACCACAAGAAGCGCGAUAUGCUCAAGCGUCUCUCGGAGAAAGCGGCCAUGCGCAACAAGGACGAGUUCUACUUUGGCAUGAUCAACUCUUCCACACGCAAGGGAGUGCAUCAGCAUGCACGACCGAGCGAGCAGUUGAAUAACGACGUGGUGGCGCUGCUCAAGACGCAGGAUGUGGGCUAUAUUCGCGCGCAGAUCAUUGCAGAGAAGAAGAGGAUCAAAGGAUUGGUGGAGAGGAUCGCGCCGAGUGUGGCUCAGCUGAGUAUGGAGUGGCUGGACGAGAAGGAAAACAGGAAACCGACUCUGGAGAGGGCGGGGUUGAUUGCUAAGCCAUCGGCAAAGGGUCGAAGGUCUAGCUCGAGUGCGAAGGCGAGCUCGUCAAACGGGCUGAUUGGCGCGCAAGGCAAAAAGACUGUCUGGCUGGACGACGCCGAUGCCAUCCGAUCCUACCAAUCCACUUCGACAUCCACCUCGGAACCAGCCCAACCAUCGGCCGACGAUGCUGAUGAAGACGAAGACAUGGGCAACUCAUGGAUCGACGACCUCCCCUCGGACACCUCGGACAUCGAAGAUGACCCGACUCCUUCAUCUUCCCCAUCCGCGUCGCAGCUCAAAAAGGGCACCAAACACCUCGGCUACCUCACCACCGAACUCGCAUCGCGCUACGCACGUCUGGACCAGCUCCAGCUCGCUGCCGAGAAGCUCAAUUUGGUCCGCGCGCUCAUGACGCACAAGGGCGGGUCGAGCCGCAUCGUCAAGAGCUCCAAGAAAGACACUCUGACGGAUGCCGUGAUCAAGGGCAAGGUGACGAGCAACGGGUUGGCGCUGCAGGACACGGACGAUGAGGACGAUGACGCCGAGGCGGGCAAGAGCAAGCCAAAGGUGUACAAAUUUAGCAAGGAGAGGAAGCGUUAG